AUGGCAUCAGCUCUUUCUGCCUCUGUUUCUUCUCUACGUGCUUCGUUACAGCUACUUGAAUCUUCAAUUGAUAUCCUCGAUGAAGGUGUAAACGACUUCCCCCGCCUCUGCAGAGUACUCCAGUCUACCAGACAUUUCGAACUGCUUCCUGAACCCACCUUGAAAGAAGCACAACAAGCCAUUGUGGAUGAAAUUACACCCAGUAUAUCCCAUCUCAUUACGCUUGCAUCUAACCACACCGAUAAACUUGCUCGUCGACAAGAGGCCCUGAAAGCCAAAGCUGAACUACAAGAGGGACGCUUAUAUCAAGAGCCACGAUCUUCUUCUAGAGGUGGCAUGCACCAUGAUAGAAAAAGGAUGUCAAUGGCUGGGGGUGCUUUGGGAAGCAAAGCUGCUGAACUACGCAGGUUGACGCAGAAAAAGGAACGCCUGCAGUAUGCUGUUGACCGACUAGAACUCCAAUCGAAGCAGCGUGAACGUCAACUAAGGAAGAGUAUGGCCGCUCCCUGA